GCGGAAGAGACUUUUACGUGUAUUUAUACUCAGCAAGAAUCACGCGCCUGGUUUGUAUGUAUAACUGUUGAUCAUAAUGACAUCUCUCAUGUUUUUGGGAGAAAUAGAACUCGAUGUAAUCGUGGUUGUGGCUGUGAAACCACGAUAAGAUGGAGCGAUACGGAGAUACGAUGCUACUACAUGUGUGCAGGUUAAGCUAGCUGGAGCUAACGGUUAGCUGAUGUGUUGUGAUGAAGAACGAAUGCUUCGAAGAGGAGAAAGGUGUAAUGCAUGUGUGAAGUGUACAAAGAGGCCGUGAGGAUGGUCACAGCUGGCUGAGGUUCACCCACGGACCCAGCAGGUUCCAUCCAGGUUGAAAAAGAAGCAGGAGCCAUGAAAGAAGCAGGUGGAGCAGAGUGUGGAGGCGAGGCUCUGUUUGAGGACCAGGACUUCCCCUCAGACGACGCCUCCCUGUUCUCUGACAGCUCCACGCCCAUCGCCCGGCUGCAGGGUGAAAUCACCUGGAGACGCCCGCAGGAGAUCUGCCAGUCGCCCGCUCUCUUCCCUGACAACGUCAGCCUGGGUCAUGCAAAACAAGGCUUAUUAGGAGACUGCUGGUUUCUCUGUGCCUGCACCUUCCUGCUCAAGAAUAAACAGCUACUGAACAAGGUGUUGCCUCCAGAGCAGCCCCAGUGGGACGACAGCAGGUACAGGGGCUCCUUCCACUUUUGUUUUUGGCAGCAGGGACUCUGGACAGAAGUGACCAUCGACGACCGCCUGCCCUGUAUCAAUUCCACUCUCUGCUUCUCACGCUGCCACUCCCCAACUGCCUUUUGGGUUGCCCUGUUGGAGAAAGCCUACGCCAAGCUUCAUGGCUCAUAUGAGCGACUGUGGGCAGGGCAGGUGUCCGAGGCCCUGGUGGAUUUUACCGGGGGCCUGGCUGAACGCUGGAGCUUGGGAGAGGCAGAGGAGGAGCAGCAGAGACCAGAACAAGACAGCGACCAGGUCACGGGGAGAAUCCUGGACCUGAACCUUCUGUUUCCAGUGAAAGACGAGUGUGCGGUUAGCUGCUCCACUCACAGCAGCCCAGGAGGUGCCAGUGAGCUCGGUCAGUACCACGCCAUGACUGUGAUGGAGUGGUUGGAUGUCCAGAUGGUGUCAGGGAGCAAAGUACUGCUGCUCAGGAUCAGAAACCCCUGGGGAAGAUGCUGCUGGGGAGGGGCCUGGAUAGGGAGUGGUUUGGGUUGGAGUUCUGUCGACCCCGUUUCUGCGUUGGACCUACAAGCCAGGGUUGCGGAGGGCGAGUUCUGGUUGGAUGAAACUGAAUUUCUGUCCCAGUUUGAUGAUGUGACAGUGGGCUACCCCAUCAGUGACGAGGGGCACCUAAAGAGCAUCUAUACUGGAAAUCUGCUGACACACAACCAUCAGCUGGCGGGCCGGUGGAAGAAAGGGCACUCGGCCGGGGGCAGCCGAAACAGCAGCAGCUACGGCAGCAACCCAAAGUUCUGGCUCAAAGUGUGUGAGAGAGGAGAGGUGCUGGUGUCCCUGCUACAGCAUAGAAAACAGAGACACACAGAGCAAUGCGCACAAACGGCACUCGAGGAUAGCAACAACACAACACACCAGCACUACCAGGCUAUUGCUCUACACAUGUGGAAGGUGGAGAAGAGGCGUUUUAAUCUCAGCCGGAUGUUGAACAAACCUCCCUGUGCUUCUACUCGCUGCCAUGCCUACGAGAGAGAGGUGGUCCUCCGUGAGCAGCUGGAGCCUGGACACUACCUGCUGAUCCCCAGCACCUACCAGCCAGGAGCUGAGGCCCGCUUCCUCAUCAGGGCCUUUUCCUCCUCUUCCACGUCCCUCAGUGCCCUGAAAAGCCCAGCACCUACACUGCCAUUGACAACAGAUGGAGAGUGGGAGAGCAGUUACUUCCGGGGCUCGUGGGCGGAGGGAAGGACAGCCGGAGGAAGCAGGAAUUUCCUGUCUCACUGGCAGAACCCCUGCUUCCCUUUCACAGUGUGCGAUGAGUCAGCAGUGACGUCAGGAGUUAAUAUCAGGAUUAACCUGCACCAGAGCCGCCCUGACACGGAUCUCCACCCUAUUGGCUUUCACAUAUACAAGUUUCCAGAAGGGGAGUCUGAGCAGACGUUACCAAGGGGCGAGGAUCCGGCAGCCAGUUGUGUCCCUCACUGCUACACCCAGGAUGUGAGUCUGGCCUGCUGUCUUUCUCCCGGAGACUACACCAUCGUGCCGUCCACCUAUCAGCCCGACUGCUCGGCAAACUUCACCCUCAGCCUGGCUCGCAGAAUACACAGGAAGGUGGUGAAGAGCCAGGAGAGACUGGGAAGAGCCAUUCAGGAGAUCUCUCACAUCUCUGUGAUGCAAAGCUAGUUCUCUGGGACUGUUGCUGCUCCACUGACGUCGGCUCACCUCCCGGUGCCUCUUGGCCCACGAUGAAAGAACCAGUUCUCCCAUCCACCCUCACCACGGAGGCUGUGUGUGUGUGUGUGUGCAUGUAUGUGUAUUUAUUUGUACCACUAGUGGCUGAGAAGGCAGGCAGGCUGAUUUAGUGGGAAUCCUGGAAACCUCUUUAUUCUGAACCGCUGAGGCUCAGGGCUGAUGGGCAGCCACACACUCAUCGGCGAUUAGGACAUCAGAGGUUGUCGGUGGGCUGGGCUGCUAAUGAAGUAUGACGGGACUUGGUGGUGUAAACAAACAGCCGCAAUUGAAGAGGGCCGCCGCUGCUCUUGCUCAUUCACUCACUGGUACGCCUGCCGGCCUGGAACAAAGGGUCCUCUCAUGAAGGUCCUCACAGAGGCACAGGGGGCAAGGGGCGAGGGGUUGGUCUCUGACAGCAGAGCCAACCAAACCACACCACACCAUAACGUGCCAUACCAUGCCAGAGCCAUCCUCCCGUCCCUCACCCCCAAACGCUCUACUCCUUACCUAGCCUCUAUGGUUUGUCUCAAGACUCAGACAGUUUCUUUUUCAGUCCUCAUUCCCAAACAUGCUCACCAGGCUGGACCCAAAGAAGUCCACUUUGUUCCUGACUCCAUCCUCACCCUCCCCCCCUCCAGCUCCCUUUUUGUCCCCCCAGACUCGGUCCACAGCUCUGCCUGGACCUGAACAGAGCCAUGGUUUGAAGUUGCCGCAAGAACAGAUGACAAGCGGAUGGAUGGAAGUGAUGAAACGAGGGAUGCGGCACAUCAGAGGAGGCCGCUUCAUGAAAAGAGGCCGCCGGCCCUUGUUGUGUCGAGGCUGCGUAUGUGUGUUGGUGUGUCUGCCUGCCUGUAGCCAUGUCUGUGUCGAAGUCACAGGGUUUUCUGAUGAUUCAUUAGACCCAGUGUUAACAGAGACUUUUACUAAGCUAUAAUUAACUGAUUAGAGUGGUACAGUGAUGUGUAUUUAUUAUGGUUGGGAGUUAGACAUGAUGAAUAAAAUGUUAAAAGAUAA